CUCGAAAACGCACAAUCACCCCAUACCUCAUCAACAGAACAUGGGAAUGAUAAGCGAAUCGUUCGUCCUCCAAACCUCCCAGCCACAUAUUUGAUCCCUUGGAAUGGUCGUUCUACUUUCCUGGAAAGAAAAGCGGUGUCGACCAUUUCAUUCUAUUUUCAUCUCAGCCUUGCCCAUGCAUGGUACAUAUCCCUCCAAGCAUGACCUCAGGUUAGCAUCCGCCCCAACGACUGCCGUACGGCGCAGUCCACCGAUUUCCAUAGAACAUGUUUUCUUGGACAGGAUGUUUCAAAUCAUCAGCCGCGUGGGAGCCCGCGCCGAUACGCCCUAUUCCUCUUGUUCCGCCGUCUAUAUCGAGCCGGCCAAUCAGUGACUGGCACAUCGAUCGCCACGACCGUGAAGCGCUGGCUGCGACCAUUAUACCGUGUAUGACUCUUCCUCUUGAAGACAAGCAUAAUCUCCAGAGCAUAACAAAGAAACAUCCUUGGAUCAAGGAAUUCAUACAAUCAGAGACCGCAACCGCGCAAGACAAUCACAUCGAUGAGUUCAGGAACACUAAGGCAGCAUUCUGUGAGAAGCCAUCUAGAGUAAGCGCAGACUUGCUUAAGAUCGCCCGAAUACUGUUCUACAUACUUGUCCGUUACACCUACCUCACGCGCUUCGAGAUUGCUGAGAAUGGACGGGAAGCAUCUCAAGCCGUGCUUGAGCUGGACGAUCUGGCGACGGAUAGACACGAUACCUGCUACUUCUCGGGACUCGAUCCAGACGACGCAGACCGUCUUAUACAUCGGAAAAGAUAUGGCGCAGGCUUCUACAGAGCCAGAUAUAGGGACACAAUCAGGUGCAUGCCAUGGGAAACCUUCUGCAUCAAUGUUCGGAAGUUCUGCCAAUCCCUCGAACUGAAUCCCUCCACCGACGAUCCGGAGGUCAAUAUCAAAGACAUCCAGCAGAAUCUGACCUCGAUUCUAUUACACCGAAAGAUCCAGAGCGACAUUUCCAGCAACUCCGAACGCAUACGCGCGAUGGGCCGCGAACUGGAGAAGCUGGACGAGCAAUCCCGCGACGAGAUGAAGAAGAACAUCGGGGAGAUAAACCGCCAGCUGGAAGAAACACAGACCCGCUUCGACUCUGACCUUUCACGGAGAGAGACCGACAUGGCCCUCGGAUUCGAGGAAUCGCGGGCGACAUUGAGAAACAGGCUAGAUACCAUAGCUAGCAGCGUCACGCGAAUCGAGGGCAAUUCGAAGCAGCUUGAACACAAGAUGCAGAACGAAGUCGCAGAAUCGCGGGCGACAUUUGGAAGCAGGCUAGAUACCGUAUCCAGCAGCAUCACGCGGAUCGAGGGCAAUUCGAAGCAGCUUGAACACAAGCUGCAGAACGAACUCGCGGACGUCCGCAAGAGUCUCGACGACAUGCGCAUAAUGCAUGUCCAGUAUGCGAAAGCGCACAAAGUGGACUUAUGUCGCUGGCUCAUGGAGAACUUACCUUACAUAACGCGAAACGGCCCCAAGAACGCAAAUGAACGAUGGCGGUUGUUCUGGUCUGUGAACUGGAAUGCAUGCAGGAGGAAGCAGCUUAAGAAGCAUCCGCUUUGGGCUCUGAUCCAUGACCAGAAGUAUGAUAAGGUUGGCAAGGAUCUUUUCACUACGAUGAAUGGGAAGAUACAUGGGUACGGAACGGAUAUUGGAAAUCCUUUGUCAGUGGAAGUGCAGAAGGUGAUUGAUGCCAUCAUGCCGGCAGACUACAUGAGCAAGGCGCCCAACAUCAACUCAGAAAAAAAGAGAUGGAAGAUUUGAGAACGAAUUAGAUUGCCUCGAUAAUUUGUCCCUUAGCCUUUAGAUCUCCUUCAUUUCACUAUACACGGGGAUAUUUAGAGCUGGUCAGUUUUAGAGUUGCAUAGACUUUUUUUUCUCACGACCUAUAUAGACUCUUCAUGCCAAUUAGACUAUAGAUAUUUCCUUCCAUCCAGCUUUGCCCAUCC